AAAACACCAUGGAGGGGUGCGUAGGAUAAGCAGACAUUGGUGUUGUUUGUGGGAGAGAAAGAGAGGGUUAAAAUAUCGCCUAAUGCCCAUGGUGGACGCUCGUUAGCCACAACAAAACUCAGUUGGUUUUUGUGUCUGAAGUUUUUUAUCUGGGUUGGGCUCGGCUCGUCAGAGUUGCUGCUCUCAGUUGGUUUUCACGAUGGAGCCGCAGCUUAGCAGCGGGAGGAGGAGGAGGAGGACAGUGUUGGUGCUCCUCCUCUGCUUCAUGGCUUUGAUCCCGUUAUCGUCGGCCGCAUCUGGGAUGCGCAUUUCAAGGCAGAAGUUGGAGGUUCAGAAGCACUUGAAGCGUUUGAACAAACAAGCCGUGCAAAGCAUCAAGAGCCCAGAUGGAGAUAUUAUUGACUGUGUCCAUAUGGCUCAUCAACCCGCUUUCGACCAUCCUUUCCUCAAAAAUCACACAAUUCAGCUGAGGCCUAAUUUUCAUCCAGAAGGGCUCUACGAUGAAAGCAAGGUGUCUACAAGGCCUAAAGACAGACCCAGGACCAUCACUCAGCUAUGGCACUUGAAUGGUAGGUGCCCAGAAGGAACCAUACCCAUUCGUAGAACAAAGAAAGAAGAUAUCCUAAGAGCUAGCUCAGUCAAAAGAUUCGGCAAGAAGAAACACAGAACCAUCCCAAAACCAACCUCUGCGGAUCCUGACCUGAUUAAUGAAAGUGGUCAUCAGCAUGCAAUAGCCUAUGUACAAGGAGAUAAGUACUAUGGAGCAAAAGCAACCAUUAACGUUUGGGAACCCAAAAUCCAACAGCCUAAUGAGUUCAGCCUGUCCCAGCUCUGGAUCUUAGGAGGUUCUUUUGGCGAAGAUCUCAACAGCAUUGAAGCUGGUUGGCAGGUUAGCCCAGAUCUCUAUGGAGACAAUAACACGAGACUCUUCACCUACUGGACUAGUGAUGCAUAUCAAGCCACAGGUUGCUACAACCUUCUAUGCUCGGGCUUCAUUCAAAUCAACAGUGAAAUAGCAAUGGGUGCUAGCAUCUUCCCUGUAUCUGGCUAUCGUGGUUCCCAAUAUGAUAUCAGUAUACUUGUCUGGAAGGACCCGAAGGAGGGGAACUGGUGGAUGCAAUUUGGAAAUGACUUUGUGUUGGGGUACUGGCCUUCGUUCCUAUUCUCAUACUUAGCUGAUAGUGCAUCCAUGAUUGAGUGGGGUGGAGAGGUUGUAAAUUCAGAACCAGAUGGUGAGCACACCUCAACUGCUAUGGGUAGUGGUCAUUUUCCUGAAGAGGGUUUUGGCAAGGCAAGUUACUUCAGAAAUGUUCAGAUUGUUGAUGGGUCCAACAAUCUAAGGGCCCCCAAGGGAAUAGGUACCUUCACUGAGCAAUCCAACUGCUAUGAUAUCCAAAAUGGCAAUAAUGGUGAUUGGGGCAACUACUUCUACUAUGGUGGCCCUGGAAAGAACCCUAAUUGCCCAUAAGGGAAAAAAAAUUCUUCUAAUUCCCCUUUCUACUACCUCUAUGUAACAUUCAAUGUAAGCUAAUGCCCCUCUUUUUUUGUUUAUUAUUAUACAACCUUUUUUUUGUUUUUACUCAGGUUUAGAGUUUAGAGUUUAGAGUUAGUAACAUUUGCAUCUUGUUUCUUAUUCUCUGUAUUGUGAAGUUUUGACCCCUGUAUUUUUCACUUAAAACUCUCCACAUAAGAAGUUGGAGAGAGGGUCAAGUUUCUUAAGCCCAAAAGGAACAGACCCUUGUCACUCCUUUAUAUGUAUUUGUUUGCUCCUGUCUUUGGAGUGGUUUGUUAAUGGAUGAAUGAGAUUUUGAUGGUUGGGUCUUCUAGCAA